AUGGCUACCAAUUUUUCCCCAAUGUCAAGCAAUUCUAGCCAGUCUGGCCCCUCACACGCUGGCUCAGACCAGGAGAAACGUGAGCGAGAAUGGCAUGGGGUGACGGGAGGGGUGACGCAAAUGUGUAAAACCCUAGAGCCCAAGUCCUGGAUCCAAAAGGUUAUGGAGCAAGCGAUUGACACACCUCGCAGGUGGAUCAAUCUGUCAGAUGUACAGCCUGUCGCUGUGUUGGCCAUCCAAAGAUACCUCUUAGAGGAUGACCCACGCGACCAAUUAUCCAGGCUGACCAAUUACUGCUUUGAUGUGACGAUUUCUGACGGGGUGUACCAGGAGAAGUGUUUCUUAGACCCCAAUCUGAACUUUCUCGUAUAUAACAAUAUUCUUAAAGUUGGCAAAGAAGUGAUAAUUUCUAGAGUCUUGUGUCUUUACAACGAGAGACGGGUAAGGCAAGAGAUCCUGUGGAUAGCUAAACUCCUCUGUGGUGGGAACAUGGAAGCGAUUUCUGUAGAAACUCCCUUCAGAAAUCGCGCCCAGAAGAUGAAACCUGAGAGACCCUUGAGGGGCGUGAAAAGCCACUACCUUGCGCUGUGGAACAAUGAAGAUCCAUACGGUGAUAUCUGGUUAACUAACAAGCAAGCUGAGGAAAUUAAUGUGAAAUCUAUGAAAAUAAUUUCUCUGUCUAACCUUGAAAUAACUUGGACUAACAGAUGUUAUUUUCCUGCACUGCUUGUAAGAAUCUUGCAUAAAUCAAAACUGCAAUACUAUGGGAAACCUAAUAAAAAUGUAAUCGAGCCCUACCAGGCAUUUUUGGAUGUUGCUGAUAGCUCUGGCAUGGUUUCAGUGGUUAUGUGGAAUUCUUUGUGUCCUGAGUGGUAUAAAUGUCUGAACGUUGGUUCAGUUCUUCUGCUUCGAGAUUACUCCGUUAAGCAGAGUUAUCCAAUGAAGAAGCCGCUAAUCCCUGUGGAUGCACAGAUGAAACUAAUUUCUACAAUCGAAAUCUGCCUGAACCUUCAACAGCCUCAAACUAAUAUACAUAUGAUUCCAGAAAAUCAGGUGAAAUCACAAUGGGGAUUGCCAAAAUUAACUCAUCAAUUUGUUACAAGAGCUGAACUGAAUGAUUUGCCCGACAAAUAUCUCUGUGACAUUGUUGGGAUUUUAGUUUACGUAGGAAGAGUCCAGCGAAUAAGAAAGAAAGAAAAGCGUGAAGACUUUUGGACAUUUCGCUGGCUUCACGCUGUUGAUCAGACUUCACAGGAGCCAUUUAUUGUGAAAUUGUUCUCUACAUCUCAGCCAGACAUCUUUGAAAAUCUUUACCCAAUGACAUAUUUCAUAUGUACACAGUUGAAAAUCAUGAAAAAUAGUGAACAAGAGCCUAAACUGCUUUACCUCAUUACUACAAAUGAUAGUAGAAUAAGUAUUACUGAUCCCAAAGACCAGCCCUGUGCCCAUGAUGCCAAGGUCAAAAACUUUAUUCACUGGGUGAAAGGAAAGAGGUGGUCUGAAGAAAUGAAGAAUACUGUGUUUGGUGGAUACUACCCCUAUCCCCAAGUACCGGAGACAUUUUCAAAGUAUAGUAGCUCUGUUAAAGUUGAAUCGCUCUUGAUAGCUACAAGUGAAGUGAGGAAGACAAUUGAAAACUUACAGUAUAGGGAACAAAAGCGUAUUGCAAUUCAGGGGAUAAUUACUGCUAUAAAGUAUUUCCCUCAUAGAGGUGCAACUCAAAGUACUUCAGCAUCAGAAACACUUCAGCAUGCUGAUCUACCCUCAAGAGCAGCAGGAGGAGACAAUGAAAGUCUGGAAAGUGGCCAUGGACACCAUUAUGAAAAGGGUGAACCUGUGAGUCCUUGGAGUUCUCCUUGUGCAUCUACAAUUCCGAGUCUGAGCAAGAAAAUGGGAGCUCAGAAAGACGCAGAUGCUAGCCUGAUCACUGUUCCUCAGCCAGAAAUGUCUUCAAAAGCAAAAGAAAAUAAAGCAGGUCAAGAAAGCACAAGCAAUCAUUCCUCAGGGAAAUCCAGAGAAUGUCUUAAUGAAAAGUGGGAAAGUCCACUCUGGAGAGAAAUGAAGUCUCAUUUAAUAGAUCACCUCCAUUACAGCUACGUUUACCCGGAAAGUAUUCCACGUAAAUUUGUUUUACAACACAAAAAUUUUCUUAGUCAGCAGUACAAUCUUCAGUCUUCAAUAUAUUCACCACCAGAAGAAGGAUGCACCCAAUUUAAGAACAUUAAGACUGCUAGCAACCUUGGCCAUUUUGAAGUAACCAUCUUAGGUCUGAACCAUGAGAUAGCAAUCGAUGUUGCAUUCAUGCCCAUGUAUUGCUCCAAAGAUGUCCAUGAAGCACAAAUAGACAAAUUAUUAAGCUCCAUGAAUUCCAGCUGUGUAUUUCCACCAGAAGCAACUGAUGACAAACCUGAGGAUCAAAGAGUACUUGCAGGUGAUAUUAUAAAAGCAGUAACUGAAUUGAAUAAAGCCCAUGUUAUCAGUAUCGUGGAUAUCUGUAAUUUGGGUGACAAUAAAAUCGAAGUCUGUCUGCAUAAAAUUUAUACUCCAGAGAAUAUUUGUGAAUAG